AUGCCAUAUGGUUGCAAUGACAAUAUUAAAGGAGUAGGAAAUUUGUCAAGUCCUGCCUGCAGUGAUGUUAAUGUAAUGGGUUUAUUUAAUACUACCUUACGACAACAACGUAGUCAUGGGCAAAAACAUUACCAUCGGCCUAAUGUAAAAAAGUCUUCCAAAUCUAGAUCACCAUCUGGGAGCUUUGAUGACCUUCUUUCACAUCUUCAUCAUCCACUAGGGUUACAUUACAUAAGAACUAUUCUUUUUUCACUGCCAGUUAAUUUUCUUAAACGUUUGAGAGAUUAUGCACUUGACAAAGGAGGCACCAAUACAUUUUCUGCAAUAUACAGACUAGUCAGUAUUAUUUGUGAUGUAGCUCUUUUCCGUCUUUUCAAACCAGUAAGAUCUGAACCUUUACAUGAAGAAAAGAGGAGAUUCCUUCCUGUUGAUUUUGCCAAUAGAGGAAUCGAUGCAAUCAAUAUCUGCAACGUUCUACAUCACAAGGAGAGAGAAUGUACAGAAAUCGAUCCAAAUUGUUUCUAUACGUCCGGCAGCGGUACACAAGUCAAACGAACUAAAUGCAAAAACACAUUAAAGUUUAAGUGUGAACAAGUCAUAGAAUCAGAUGGAAAGAGGACUAUUAAGGUCAAAUGUUACGAAUACAUGUUGAAUUGGUAUGAUGCAAGAAAAGAGUGUAACCGGACUGGAAGAUAUAUUCAACUCUUGAACAACAAGUGCGAAAAUAACGAAGGCUUUACAGCAGAUAAACUGUGGCACAAUACGUUUGUUAAAGAGAGAAUUAUUUGGAAUACAAGUAUUGUAACUGAUAUGGAAAGGAACAAGGGAUACAGCUGUUUAGCAAUGAAGCUCACUCAAGAUUCCAAGUACAUUCUAACAGCUCAAAGUUGUGACUACAAAUUCAAAUCUCUUUGUCAAAAAGAUGUCUCGGGUCAGCAUAUAGAUGGUACGUCUGUGUCCCGAACAGACCAAUCAACUAUAUAUCAUAGUAUCUCUCAGAACGAGGAACAGGAAACAGAGGAUUUACAAAAUGCACAAGUUAGUAUGUAUGUUGGAAUAGCAGUGGCAGUAACCAUAUUGCUGAUAUUGGUAAUAGUUCUAGCUGUCUGUAUAAGAAGACGAAAACGGUAUAAGACUGAAAAUGGACCCGCUGCACAUAAUGUUUAUUAUUCAACAGUGACAGGCGACCAGAUACAGGAAAACCAAUCAAAUACACGGGAUGGCGCGAACAGGGAUCAAAGUGUUGAAAAUCUUACGAUUUCGGCCAAAAAAAUCAACACCUACACGGAUAAUGAUCAGCAGGAAACCAACAAACAGGGAGCAAUGUAUGACCAAGCAGGGUUGCAAGAUACCAAUGAGUAUGAUGUGUCAAGUACGUGCAAAAAGUACACUCCGAAGGUCGAGGAGGAUGUCUGCUAUUAUGAUCACAAUCGAGAUGUUGAUACGAUGUACGAUGCGACUGAUACAAAAGGAUUGAUUCAGAGAAACGAGAUGAGUGAUAUAUAUGACCAUACCAGAGAAAUUGAUGAUGCUUAUGAUGUCUCCAACGCCUAUCGACAAAAAGACAAGACUAUCAAUGAAUCUGUGUAUUCCCAAUCGGAUUUCUGAUGGGGUGACAUCAUUAUUGAACCUGCAAGUGACAUUCACAUAAUACAAAUAUUACAAGUGUGACAUGCAUGAUAUUCAUAUUUUU